AUGGUAAUGCCUACAGGGUCCUUUGAUAUCGAUCCCGGUCUGUAUGGUAUGGGCCAACUAGGUCAGCAAUGGAGCUUUACUGUCAGUCCGGGUAUCGUUUUGGAUGGUGAUACUUGGGGUGACGAUGGCCAGCACAUUGGCAAAUACAUCGUACAGAAUGCCGAUGGCUCCUAUACAUUUACGGUUCCAAGUGACGGAAGCUGGCUUGGUGGAGUGAUAACGGGUGCGGCCAAUGCGCCUGCCUGCGCUCCGGCAACUAACCAAAGGGCCCAAACAACAUCUUCAUCGAGUCUUGCAAUUGAACUAGGUUCUAUGCUCAGUCCCUCUGCUUCAUUAUCUGCUUCCGCAACCGGAAGCCCAGGGUGCCCAGCUAAUUACAUUCCUCCUCUUACACCUGAGCAAUGGGAGGUGCAGAAGGUCGAUGACUUUUUCGAGAUGUACUUCGAUAAUACAUCCCAUUGGCAAGAAUUGGGCCUAAUGAGAACGUUCUUUCAGGAUUUUGCUGGUGGGGAAGCCGGUGACGGCGAAGUAUACGUUUGUACUGCAACUAAUGAGGCAGAUUGUGCAAUGUUACAAGGAUGCUCACUUAUCGCAACUGGUCCUGAAAACUGGCUCACUCCGUACAAGACUCAAGCAUAUUACAUCUGGGCAGCAAUGACGAAUUUCAGCAAGCUGAUGAACAUGAUAUGGCAAGCACUGGAAUGGGCAGAACAGGAUAUGGACUACUUCGCCGGAGAAAUAGGUUCAAAAUUUGAGGUGGAACUCUCUGGUGCAAGCCUGUGGUCGAAAGUGCUUCCCAUAUUGAACACGAUUUUAACUCUUCUGGCCAUUGUUUUUAUUGCCACGGAAAGUCUCCCUGAACUCGUAGGGGCUUUAAUCGGUCUUUCCGCCUCUGUCGGAUUGGCUGCUGAUGUUGACGACUUCGUAUCUUCCUCCGAGCAAGCGGAGGUAACGCUUCAGACUAUCUACACGGAUCUCGGCUUUUCGCAAGGCUGGAUAGAAACGCUUCAAGACAAUGUCAACACAAUGCACAAUAAAAUUUGGUACAAUGGCACGUAUGGCAAUGGCACGUCUAAGACAAACGCGAAGCAGCUCAUGACAGGCGGUGCCUAUGUCACUUCGGCACAAGUCCUUGCAGCAGUGGAUCUCAACAGCACUAACCACGAGAACACCAAGUCGGGCCCCACAAAUGCAGUCACAAACUGGUUCGAAAAUUUGCUUGUUGCCAAUCUCAUCAACAAUUGGUUCAAGUCGAACAAUGCCUACAUAGUCUACAUACCCUACGGCCAGGUCUCAGGACUCAACAGCGAUAAUUCGAUGGAAAGUUUCACGGAAGACGAUUGCAACAGUCAAUGGGUUGGGGGCACGGACCGGUGGUCGGGGGCCGGUUGGAAUAGCAGUGUUGUAGUCAACUGCGAAAGCGGCGGGAUGGCUGUACUAACGAAUGGCGGUAGCUCGAUAGAAAAGCCUUCUUUUUACGAAGUUGCAAACAUGACCUACAAUGGGUACACCUACAGCGCGCAUGACAUGAUCACAUCGUCUGUAAACGGCUUCCUCCAAUACGGGUUCAACUACAACGCCACGGAUUCCUUUGUCGCCAAACUCCUCGAUCCCACCGCAGAGAACCUGAACAACAUCGAACAAUAUCUCAACUUAGUUCCUACAAGCGCGGGCAUGUACAACUUACCCGUGUGUCGGCUUUACGACCUGGGCGUGGUGCCGAAUAGCGUUGCUGGUCCUUUCCCCGACGGUCAGUUGCCGGGGUGGCCUUCGCAAACACAACCCUGUACUUGCAUGUCGGAGGAUGCCAAUGUCACAAUCAACGGGAAGACGACGUAUUUCCGGGACUUUGCCGGAGAUCCUACCACGACUGAAUUCAACAAAUUGAUAAAGGAGGACGGGAAUCUAAAUAGCACUUGUUACGUUACCGCAAAGAAUACUCUCGACUGCUUCAAAUUCCCACAGCUGUGUCAUCAGGCAGGUCCCGGCCCUCCCUUAUGA